AACUUUCAAUUUCAAAACAAAAAAGGUUUCAUUUCACAUUUAACUUUUUCAUUUUAAAUUUAUAAUUUAUUUUCUCACCUGCCAAACCACUUUCCUUUCUCACUGCUUCAUUUCCAAUUAUUAAUUUAAUCACUUAUUCAAUUCAAUAAACGCUGGAAAAGUGAUAAGCUUAUUUUACAAAGCUUAUAGAGUGAAAGUGAUUUUGAAUUAUAGUUGUUGAUUAGAAGAAGAAAGGAACAUGGUGUUAAGAAAAGUAGGUAAGUAUGAAAUUGGAAGAACAAUUGGUGAAGGAACAUUUGCGAAAGUUAAAUUCGCUCAGAAUACUGAAACUGGUGAAAGUGUUGCUAUGAAGAUUCUUGAUCGUAGCACAAUCAUCAAGCAUAAAAUGGCCGAUCAGAUCAAGAGGGAGAUUUCUAUUAUGAAGCUAGUCAGACAUCCAUAUGUUGUUCGCCUGCAUGAGGUUCUGGCGAGCCGUACUAAGAUUUAUAUCAUAUUGGAGUUCAUCACAGGUGGUGAAUUGUUUGAUAAAAUUGUACACCAUGGGCGUCUUAGUGAAGCUGAAGCUAGGAGAUACUUCCAACAGCUUAUUGACGGUGUAGAUUAUUGCCACAGUAAGGGAGUUUAUCAUAGAGAUUUAAAGCCUGAAAACCUUUUACUUGAUUCACUGGGAAAUAUGAAGAUUUCAGACUUCGGUUUGAGUGCAUUGCCAGAACAAGGGGUUAGUAUGCUGCGGACAACUUGUGGGACUCCUAAUUAUGUAGCUCCUGAGGUACUCAGUCACAAAGGUUAUAAUGGUGCUCCAGCAGAUGUUUGGUCUUGUGGAGUUAUCCUUUAUGUUCUGAUGGCUGGAUAUCUUCCCUUUGACGAGCUUGAUCUAACCACGUUAUACAGUAAGAUUGACAAAGCCGACUUUUCAUGCCCUGCUUGGUUUCCUGUGGGAGCGAAAUCUUUGAUACAGAGGAUUUUGGACCCAAACCCUGAACAUCGUAUAACCAUUGAGCAGAUUCGAAAUGAUGAGUGGUUUCAGAAAAGCUAUGUUCCUGUCCAUCUCCUUGAGUAUGAAGAUGUAAAUCUGGAUGAGAUAAAUGCUGCAUUUGACAGUGCUGAGGAUGAGGGGGAUAAUCCACAGUGUGAGAUUGCGGACACGGGUCCUCUGAUUCUUAAUGCAUUCGACAUGAUAAUGUUAUCUCAAGGCUUAAAUCUUGCAACAAUAUUUGAUCGUGGACAGGACACUAUGAAGUACCAAACACGCUUCAUCACUCAAAAGCCAGCGAAAGUAGUUUUAUCAAGUAUGGAAGUUGUUGCACAAUCAAUGGGAUUUAAGACGCAUAUUCGUAACUAUAAGAUGAGAAUAGAGGGUAUUUCGGCAAAAAAGACAACUCAUUUCUCAGUUAUACUUGAAGUUUUUGAAGUUGCUCCCACAUUUUUCAUGGUGGACAUUCAGAAAGCAGCUGGAGAUGCUAGUGAAUAUCUCAAGUUUUACAAGAAUUUUUCUAGCAAUCUUGAGGAUAUCAUCUGGAAAUCCCCUCAUGAAACAAGCAAAUUGAAGACCUCCAAGACUAGAAGCAAAAGACAUUAGUUUCGUUGGCCGUGGUAUCUUCUGUUCUGAUUGAAAGAUAAGGCAAAAAAAAAAAUCUAGUUGUGAGAAAUAGAAAGAGGAAAAAAAUCUUGUUCUGGUAGAUAUAUAUCGAUGUGGUAUUGUUACAAAAUACACCUAACCCUUGCAUAUAAAGGUUAAAGCCAGGUUGGCUAACUCACCUCUUUCGUUUCUAUAACCAAUCCGGGACUUUUUAUAUAUAGAGAGAAGAGAAGAUUCAAAUUUGAAAGAGAAGAAGGAAUCAGGUGUAAACUGUAAUGACAAAAAUAGCAAGUUUGGUGUUUGUAAAUUUCUUUACGUCAAUGUAUCCAGUUCUUACAAUCAGGAGUGUAAGUGUUGAUUAUGUACUGAUAGCUUUCAUGUUAACAGUUAACACUUGUAUAUUGAAUUACAUGAGUUAUGUUAGUUAA